AAUUCCGGCGAUCUCGUCCGAAUGAGACUUCACGUCUGAAACCCGACGAGACGCGCUGUUUGGUUCACUCGACAAACCACCUCGACACGACCAUGAGCAAGUACCCGAACCUACUGCAGCCGCUGGACUUGGGCUUUACGCAGCUCAAGAACCGCGUACUUAUGGGAUCGAUGCACACGGGGCUCGAAGAGGGCAAGUCCCUUACCCGCCUCGCCGCUUUCUUCGCUGAAAGGUCCAUUCACCAAUGUAUCAUAACCACAACAAUCCCAGCAUUCUAAUGCAAUUGCUGCUGCUGUAUAGAGCCAAAGGCAACGUAGGUCUCAUCGUAACUGGUGGUAUUGCACCCAAUCGAGCAGGUCGCGUGAGUCCGUUGGCCGCUAAAUUGACGACACAAGGUGAGGUGAACGCACACAAGGAAGUGACCCAGGCGGUGCACGACAAUGACGGCAAGAUCGCAAUGCAGAUCCUGCACAGUGGACGCUAUGGGUACCACCCGUUCAAUGUGGCGCCGUCUCCUAUCAAAGCUCCGAUCGGCUGGUUCACCCCACGAGAACUCUCCAACUCUGCAGUGGAGAGCACAAUUCGGGACUAUGCCAAUUGUGCAGCUCGUGCACGUGAAGCUGGCUAUGAUGGAGUGGAGAUCAUGGGCUCAGAAGGAUAUCUGAUCAACCAGUUCAUCGUGGAGCACACAAAUAAACGCAAAGAUCAAUGGGGUGGGUCGUACGAGAACCGUAUCCGCUUUCCAGUCGAGAUUGUCAAGGCUGUACGUGCUGCAGUAGGCGAGGACUUCAUCAUUAUCUUUCGAUUGUCCAUGUUGGAUCUAGUCGAGAAGGGCAGCACAUGGGACGAGAUCGUGAUGCUUGCCAAGCAGAUUGAAGCUGCAGGAGCUACGAUUAUCAACACUGGUAUUGGCUGGCACGAAGCUCGCAUCCCGACCAUUGCAACCAGUGUACCGCGUGGAGGAUUCUCGUGGGUUACCCAGAAGAUGAAGGGCGAAGUGUCCAUCCCUCUGAUCACAACCAACCGUAUCAAUAUGCCCGAUGUCGCUGAGCAGAUUAUCGCUGAAGGACGUGCAGAUAUGGUGUCGAUGGCGCGGCCAUUCCUGGCAGACCCGGAGUUCGUGCGUAAGACGGAAGAAGGUCGAGUGGACGAGAUCAAUACCUGCAUCGGCUGCAACCAGGCUUGUCUGGAUCACACGUUUAAGGGUAUUACAGCAAGCUGCCUGGUUAACCCUCGUUCAGGCUACGAAACGCUACUGAACUACACCCCGACGAACGGUGAGUUGCUUUGUGGUGUCAGUAGUGACUUGCAGUGUGAUAAUAGCUGUUGUCUUCUUGAUACAGAUGCACAACGCGUGGCAGUCAUUGGAGCUGGACCUGCUGGCUUAUCGUUUUCGACUGCAGCGGCGCUGCGUGGUCAUGAAGUGACGUUGUUCGAUCAAGCCGAUGCCAUUGGAGGUCAAUUCAACAUGGCCAAGACGAUUCCAGGCAAAGAGGAGUUCUACGAGACGCUACGCUACUUCGAAAAGCAAUUGAAACUCAAGGGCGUCAACGUGAAGCUUGGACAACAUGUUGAAGCCGCAGAUCUCACGACCGGAGCGUUCGAUAAGGUGGUUAUUGCGACGGGUGUGCUGCCUCGUACCCUCAAGAUUCCAGGGGCAGACCACCCCAAGGUGUUAAGCUACAUUGACGUCCUCAAGCACAAAGCUCCUGUAGGCAAGAAAGUGGCUAUCAUCGGUGCGGGAGGCAUUGGAUUCGAUGUAGCAGAGUUCCUCUCUCACGUUGGGGAGUCCACAAGCUCAAGCGUCGACGUGUUCGCUCGUGAGUGGGGCAUCGACACGACCAACUCGGUUCGUGGCGGGGUGGCCGGUAUCAAGCCCAGUAUCCCUCCACAAGCGCGUGAGAUCUAUCUGAUGCAGCGUAAGAGUACGAAACAUGGUAAAGACCUGGGCAAAACGACGGGAUGGAUCCACCGUCUUUCACUCAAGCAUCGCGAUGUGAAGAUGAUCGGCGGCGUGUCGUACGAUAAGGUAGAUGAUGAAGGACUGCACUAUACUGACAAGAAAGGCAAGAAACACGUGCUGGAUGUCGACAAUGUGAUCAUCUGUGCUGGUCAAGUGCCACUUCGAGAGCUGGAGAAGCCACUGCAGGAACAGGGAGUUACGGUGUUCCGUAUUGGCGGAGCUGACGAGGCCGGCGAGCUGGAUGCAAAGCGCGCGAUUGAUCAGGGUGCUCGUCUGGCUGCUACGAUCGAGACGGCUAAGCCUGGUGAUGCGCUGGGGGCUGAAGCUACUCUGUCCGCGAAGGUCUUUGAGUUCUUGAGCAAAUUUCAACAGUAGGCAGGAACUCAAGGGAGUUAAUACAUGGAAAAGAGUAUUCAGCUAUGCAGGUUUACUCCGUUUUCUGUCGUUUAACCUGGCUCAAUGUCUCGAAGAAGUUCUGGAUGUCUUCUUUCCGCACGGUCUUGCCUGCUGCGGCAAAGCCUGCGAGGUAUUGCUGGAGAUUGUUCUUCAUGAGACUGUAGCCCAUUGCAACC